AACACUGAGAAAAAGGGCCACAACGUUAAUGUAUCUGUGCACCCUCCACUUCAUGAACAAGGGGAGUUUGUUUUGAAGAUUUAUAUUCGGGACCCCAAUGCCUCAGAAUUUAUCAACGUUUGUAAUUACCUACUGGAGAGAACAGAGACCCAAAGUCAACGAAAAGCAAGAGAGCGUCUUCUGAAGUUACUAAAGUCUGAAAAUGCUAAACCGACAGAAGUUCAGAAAGCCAAAGAAGAGUUCCAGAAAUGUGGCGGAAAAGACUUUGGGGAGGUUGCCAAAGCUGAAAGGAAAAUGCAUCACAUAUCACUCAGGAAAGCUUUAGAAGAACUGCGAACCUACCACGACCCGCCGGAUUCGGUUUUAGUCAUAAUGCAUGCUACAUAUAUUAUUCUUGGAAAAGACGAAAAGGAUAUUCUCGAAUGGAAAAGUCAGAAGAGACUUCUGCGUAAGAUAGAGGUCACUCUGAGUGAAUUUGACGUGAAGCAUGUGUCGGCUGAUUCCCUGACCAGGGCUAAAGAUGUACUGAAGAGUAUGGACAGUGCCAAGGCCCGCAAAUCUAGCGCCGCAGCCGCCAAACUUUAUGAGUGGGCAAUUACUAUAAUAAAAGAGAUGGAGGAACAAAAUAAAGGAUGAGUCCCGGAGACAACACAAUCACAUACUGAGCAAUCUGUAUCAAUCCUGAUACCUGUCAAACCGUUUAGAAUGAGAAUUUUCUAAACAUCUCUAAUGUUUGUAAAAAAAACUACGACAAAUGUCUAAUAAAACUAAAACUGAAACAUUGUCUUUUUAUUAAAAGAAAGAGAGUUUACCAUUUAACAGAGAUAUUCAUUCUUGGAUUCCUGUUGAUAAAAAGAAAUAUUUGUUAUAUUGAACUCUAAAACUAGUUUAAUGGAUGCCUUGAUUGAAAUAUAUAUGGAGAUAUAAACAAACGAACAAAAGAUCAUUUUAAUCAAUACAAAAUAGGACCAGAGCAAACACGGACCUCC